UUCUUCAUUAUGCAGAGGACUUGACAACUUGUCAUCCAGAGCAGGCCUUUCGUAGUUAUGUCACACUUCUUCUACUUGACUCCACAAAUUCUUCUGCCCUUUAGCCCUCUUACUUCUCAAGAGUUUGAUCUGAUCAGACGCAAGGCUGGAGCAUCUUGGCAGGAUGAAACUCGAUGGUCAGAUUCUUCUGUGACAACAUACACAGGCAGUUACCGGAAAAAACAACUGGACAAGUCCACAUGUAGCCGAUUUUCUUUAAGAGCAGGACAGCAUGAGCCUGAGUGUAAACAGAUGCCAUUGCCAAAUAGUUCUGCAUGUAGUCUUCCCCGCUGGGCUGGUACCCAAGAGAUUACAGAUGUCAAAAGACUAUUCCCUGAUAUAACCAGGCCCUUUAAAAAAUCAUUUGAUGUCAAGCAUGGAGUGGCACAUCAAAUUUGGGGUUUUGGUGAUUUUUUUCCAACACCACCAAAUUAUGGAAAAUCCUGUGUGAGAACUAAAAAGCUAGCACAAGAGACCCUGAUGAACUACGGUCGACGAGGGGUAUGUGUCCUAAAGCAUCUUCAUAGACGGUGGGAUUCUGAAAGCAAAGUUGGCUCAUCUGAGGAUUCAGAAACUGAUCCAUACUCCGAUUAUGGCUGGGGAGGACCCUCAUCACCAUUUAACUGAGUUGGAAAACGAAGCCACAGUGCUGGAGGCCUGGAGUUUGUUUAAUAAACAACUUUGAGGACUGGCUCUUGAUCAGGAAAGGAAGCUGAGGACUAUGGCAGGGGCAUGGGAGGAGAAGGAAGCCCACCCAAACGGCCCAUCUGCUAAUGAGGAAGGGAGGAGGGAGGAGACAGCUGCUAUCUGGAGCUCAAAGACAUUAUUAAUACAUGAUUAUGCCGUAGAAAUGGUAAUAAUCCAACUGAAUCGGAAAUUCUCAGAGGGCAGGAACGAAUCUUACAUUUCCUCUGCAUUCUCUGCUGUGCUUGGUAGAGUACUCAGCACAUGGUAAGCACUCAGGACAUACUGGUUCAUUAUUUGAGUGAUCUCUACAGGCAAUUUAGGUAGAUUCUGGAGGGGUGGAUGCUGGUCUCAGCUCCAUCACCUUAUCAGGCCGGAGCUGGAUACCCUAGGAUGAGCCUGGGCCUCUCUGUGGCUCAGUUUCUCCAUCCUUUGCAGUGAGGCUACGCUACCACGAGCCCUCCUGGCUGUCCAGAGGGGCCACGAGGAGUGGUGAGGCCACGUUAACAAACUCCGCUGAGCUUCUCUUUUAGAAGCUGCCAGGCUGGAGUCAGUGGCUUAGAGGAGGACGGUAGCGUGUUUGCUCUCUUUCCACAAAGAAUGCAAAUGCAAAAGUGGCUGCCUCAGCUCUUGCUUGGCUCCUGCAGGGCAGGGCCCGGGAGUGGACUGUCCUCGGAGGGUCUGGAGAGAGGUGUUCAGCAGAGCCCAACACAACCAAGUGCACCGUGCACGGCCUCCUCAGCGCCAAGCUCGCCGUUAGCCUUUGAACCUCAGCUCACAGAAGAGUGCACACGAGAGAAAUAUAAAGCCCAUUCCCAGGUCAGGUGCACACACAACCCCUACGCCAAGCUGGGCCUUACCUAGAGGAGUCUGAAACUCACCACUGUCCUGAGCUACGGCAAAAGAAAAAUAAUAGUAUAAUCUUAUUUGAUCUGCAUUAUGAACAGGAUAUAGAGUACAAGCAGUUCCAUCACAGAAAAGCAAUUUAGACAUCGGCAGUCUGUUUCAUUUUAAGGACAUUUCUGUGACCCACAGCUCAAUCUUUCUUUCACUGCUCAGGCAAAGUGCUAAGGGUUUUUUUCCGUGCUCCCGUUAUUUUCUUAAAGACACUCUCUCAGGCAAAUUAAUUCUCUGAUAUGGCAAAGGAAACAAAACAAAACAAAACGAAGACUCACUGUAUAGCCAGAAGGCAUUAUCAAUUUUUUCAAAGUAUUCUUCUACUUGGUCAUCCUAGAACAUAAACUAUUACACAGGGGACGGUUAGCACCGCACGGGAAGUGUUCUGUACCAGCAAAAGCAUCAGAGUUCACUGUGCAUUCUCCCCCAUGGCUUCAGAGGCUCGGGACUUUGGAGGUCCCUGAGGAAAGGCGAACUGGCAAAGCCACAACUGGCAGGGGCCGUAACGUUCAUGGGUGUGACUGGGCUACUGGGAAGGGCAGUGAUCACUGGUCCAACCACAGAAAAACAUGAUUCUGGUGUUUUUCUUUUUAAAGUAAGAGCACACAAAUAUUUAUAAAGGGACAGUGGGAACAAAUCAAAUCAAAUUUCCCAGUGAGCUCUCACUAGGCAUUUCCCAUCGACUGGCUUCCUUGAAUUAUAAUUACCCCCUCCCCAAUCCCCUCUGCUCUCCCCUCCCCCUCCCACGGAAGCACCCCCAAGAGUGAAACGAAACGGAGUUCAGCGGUAGGUCCUGUUGCUCCCUGACUCUUCUGUUUGGGGAAGUUUUUGAGGAGGCAGGGGCCUAGGGCCACCAGGCCUGCACUGCCCCCAACGCUGCACUCCCAGGGUCCUUUUCCAUCUCUCCCUUCCUCACCCAUUUGGGGGAGUCAUGCCACCUCUCUGGCAGGUUGCGGGUUUCAAUGCUGAAAAUGUUUGAAAACAAAAGUUUUUUUUUUUUCCCUUGUGUUAAGUAAAACGUAAUUUUUCAUUCAACAUGAUUGUUUAGCUAAAAAUGAGUAAUUAUGCCUUGAAAACGGUGUCUUUCUGUGUCGCUACAUGUGCUGCUUUCUCUUUACCAGACCCUAAGUGCCUUGUGAACAGGGACUCUGAUUUCACUGGGCAGAUUAGGUAGUACUAGGGGAUACAUUUCUUGAGGGUGGAAAUGGUGUUUUAUUUCUGUGUGCCCGUUAGCACCUGUUAUCAAGCCAGACACACAGUAUGUUUGAUAUUAAUUGAUUGGUCACACUUGAGACCAAAGAGUCUCUUGAAAAUACUGGUUAAAGAUGAUGGUCGCUGUCUAGACCUCUGGAGGAAGACAUUAGUAUGUUUGCAGGAGGAUAGGAAGCACAUGAUCUUUGUAUGAAAAAUGUUGCCUCCUGCCUCUUCAAACUGUCCAAUUUUGGGGGGGGGUUGUAAUGGUUACUUAAAGGAUGUGUAGCAAGCCAUCUGAAAAACAGAGAUGGUGAAUCUCGGUGAGAGCAUGAUUUAUGCUUGCGGACACUAAGCCCCAACUCCAUUAAAAUCAAGUCUGAACAAAACUCAAGCAGUGUAGGAGGAGUCUAUUCUUGCAUGCUGGGCUGUUGCAACGUGUCGUUUUUCUUGCCCUGAAUCCCAGGAUAUUUGCAAAAUGGAUUCUCCUGCUGAGGUCUAUUGACACCUUAGGGGGACAGGUCUAAUUCAAUCCAGCUAAAAGGCAGCAGAGGUUCCUGACUAACUCCCCUCAUACCAAGCUCCCCUUCUCCAUGACUCCCAAAACCUUCACGGGAAGGGACAGGGUAGGGAAGGGGAAAGGGUGUUUAAUAACAACGCAGUAAAAGGUUCUGUACUUGCUUUCCUUACUUGAGCCCACCGGUGGGGACAGUGUGGCAUUUCUUAUGCUCCAGCAGCUGUUCAGGGGUCUUCAUGAACUUGUGGCACACAUCACACUCAAACAUCCGGGUGAUGAGGUGUA